AUGAACCUAAAACCUCUCUGCAACCAUUCUCUUUGUACCUACUUUUACCUUUUGAGUAUGUAUAUAACGAGAACUCACCGAAGAUCUCUCUUCACAUACACAUACACAUACAUCUCCAUGGAAACUCUUUUUCUUGUAGCUAUUAUCCUUCUGGCUCUUUCCUCUUCCUCUAUCACGCGAGGCCAGAGAAUCGUAGAGAUUCCACCACCGCGUCCACUAUGCGCCUCUCAAUACGCUCUGGCUAACUACGCCUGCUCACGUCUCCCAAUGAACACUGUCCCACUUCCUUCCCCCAUUGCCCCACCUCCUCCCAUCUUUCCUCCUCCUCCCGACCAUGACCAUCAUGACCAUGACCACGACGAUGAUCAUCACGAUCACGACCAUGACGACGACGACCACGACCAUGACGACCAUGACCAUGACAACGAUGAUCACCACCAUAAUCACCGUGACCACGACCAUGAUCACGAUGACCAUGACCAUGAUCACAACCGCGACCACGACCAUGAUCACGAUGACCACGAUCAUGAUCACGAUGACGAUGACCAUGACCACCACAACAGCCACAGACGCCACCAUCGGCGCCGUCACCACCACCGCCAUCAUCAUCACAGACACAGAGAGGAGACGUAUGCUCAGCAAGAGUGCUGCAAGUGGGUGAAGCAAAUGGACAACGAGUGCGUGUGUGACCUUCUGGUUAGGCUGCCGCCAUUGCUAGCGAAACCAGCUCAUGACUAUACAGUCUUUGUGGAUGAGUCCUGCAUUGUCACUUUCACCUGCGGAGGCAGACUCAUUCGCUGAUCAAUCCUCCUCUUUCACUCUCAUUGUCUUAAUAUCCUUUUGUUUUAUCGUCUUUUCUUUAGCUGUAAUAAACAAAACAUUCCUUUA